AUGCUCAAGACCAAUGGGGAUCCAGUGUCGGGUGCUUUGAGGAAUACGCACAAGCUGACUCAUGAUGGGAUUCCCCACAAACCGUUUGCUUGCACUUUUACGGGCUGUCGUAGCCGCUUCAAACGCCGGAAAGCCCUCGAGCGACACUCUGUGGUUCAUCUCGGAGUAAAGCCCUAUGCCUGCUGGGUACCUUAUUACUAUCGAAAGUUCCAGCGACGUGACAAUCUGAACGCCCACUACUUGACACACGGAAAACGUGCGGGCCGGAAUUUGUACGUGGCCACUCUGGAUCCAGCGAGUCCUCUGUUCGACACUGGUUAUCGUGGUCGAAUCACCCCAGAGGAGUGGCCAUUGGAUAUUCAGUGGCCAUAUCCUGUUCCGAAUUGA